AUGUCAGAUAAAGAGAUACCAAAGGUAGAUCCUGCUACCAACAAAAAAGAAGAGGAAGAGGAAGAUGAUGAUAGUGCUGAUGAAUCAACUACAAAUGAAAAAGCUGUAGGUGUAGAAUCUGCUGCUUCUGGAGAGGCAAAGAAGAAGAAAAAGAAGAAGAAGAAGAAGAAGUCAACUGCUUCUACUACUACAACAGAGAACAACAGUAAUGGAACACCUACUGCUGCUGCUGCUGCUGCUACUGCUUCAACAGGUACAGCAAAAGAACAAACUACACCACCAACCAUUCCAGUUUCAGAUUUAUUCUCAAAUGGUAUUUUCCCAGUUGGUGAGGAAUGUGAAUAUAAAAAUGAUAAUUCAUAUCGUACAACAAGUGCAGAAAAGAAGGAAUCUGAAAGAUUGGAUUUCACUUUAUAUAAUGAGGUUCGUCAAGCAGCAGAAGUACAUCGUCAAGUAAGAAAAUACGUGCAUACUAUUGCAAAGCCAGGUAUUGCAUUGAUCGAUCUCGUUGAGAAUCUAGAGAAUGCAUCGAGAACAUUGAUCAAAGCCAACGGUUUGAAGGCAGGUAUUGCAUUCCCAACCGGUGUUUCGAUCAACAAUAUCGCCGCUCACUACACACCAAACACCGGUGACAAGACCGUAUUGAAAUACGACGACGUUCUCAAGAUUGAUUUCGGUACUCACGUCAAUGGUCACAUCAUCGAUUGCGCUUUCACCGUCAACUUUAAUCCAAAGUUUGACCCGUUGCGUCUCGCCGUCAAGGAGGCGACCAACACUGGUAUCCGUGAAGCCGGUAUCGACGUGCGUCUCUGUGAUAUCGGUGCCGCCAUCCAGGAGGUCAUGGAGUCACACGAGAUCGAGUUGAACGGAAAGGUCUAUCCAAUCAAAUCGGUGCGUAAUCUCAACGGUCACAGCAUCGCACCCUAUGUCAUUCACGCUGGAAAGACCGUGCCCAUCGUCAAGGGUGGCGAGGGUACCAAGAUGGAGGAAGGUGAGUUCUACGCUAUCGAGACAUUCGGUAGUACCGGUAAGGGAUUCGUGCAGGAGGAUCUCGAGUGUAGUCACUACAUGAAGGUUCACAACGCACCACACGCCACCAUCAGAUUGCAACGUGCCAAACAACUGUUCCAACAUAUCAACAAGAACUACGACACUCUCUGUUUCGCCAGAAGAUGGCUUGACAAGGCCGGUGAAGAUAAGCAUAUCUUGGCACUCAAGAAUCUCUGUGAACUCGGUGUUGUCGCUGCCUAUCCACCACUCGUCGACAUCAAGGGAUCCUACGUCGCUCAAUAUGAACACACCAUAUUGUUACGUCCAACUUGUAAAGAAGUUUUAUCAAGAGGUUCUGAUUAUUAA